GUGUGUUGGUGCGAGUGGUGAAGGUCCGCGACGGUCGCCAGAUGGCAGUGCGCGCCGCCCCACACGGUCUGACAUGGAGCAACUGGAGAAGGCGGCGCAGAUAUUGAUGGCACCACCAGAGUUGGUGAAUGCAGAGCAACGACAUGAAGCAGAGCAAGUUUUUCUUCAGUUACGCAACACAAAAAAUCCUUUUAAUCUUUGUCGACAACUAUUAGAAACAUCACAGGUUGAUUACCUGUUGUUUGAGGCAGCAACUCUCCUGCGGGUCGGGGUGAUCAGAGAAUGGCGUGACUUGAGUAAGGAAGAUAGCUUGCAGCUUCGACAGUACAUUGUUCAUUAUGUUGUUAGCCGGCGUACUAUCCCUCAUUAUGUCAGGGAGACUCUGGUACAGGUUGUUGGCAUAAUGGUAAAACGAGGUAGUGUAGAGGACCAGGGCGAAGACCGAGGGAGACUGUUGACCGAGGUGGAGCAACUUAUAUCUUCUGGUGAUAAUACAAUGCGCAUGAUAGGGUGUAGCAUUAUCAGUGCUUUAAUGCAGGAGUAUGCUGUAACUGUUAAGUCUACUGAUGUAGGACUUACCUGGGAAACGCACUUCAAGGCCAAAAAACAAUUUGAGGGCACAGACUUGCGGCGUAUAUUCCACUUUAUUGUAAAUCUCCUCGGUGAGGUUGUGAAAGUUGAAGGCAAGAUGAAUGAAGAAUUGUCUUCUCUCCUCCUGAAACUAUUAGGCAUAGCUGAGACGACACUCACAUGGUCAUUCAUAUCUCUACACUUGCCAAAGAGGUUGAUGAGUGUGUUUGAACAGGAUCAGAAUCCAUCCCUCCGACCAGGUCAGCAGUGGAGAGAAACCUUCCUUGACCCUGCAAUUGUACAAUUGUUUUUCAAGCUAUAUUGGCGUGUUCGUGGAGACUGGGAACUUGGCCACCAUGCACUUAAUUGUUUAGUACAAUUAGCCUCUCUUAAUGGAGCUGUGCUUAUCAACAGACAAGUGCGCAUCAAGUACCUUACACAAUAUUUAGAAUGUCUCUUCUCCCUUUUAUCAAGUACUGAGAUUAAUGAAUUAGAAGCAUUAGGGAUCAGCAAUAUCUUCCGAAAACUAUUGCUGUUCUUCCCGCCGUCGGUUUUAGUAGCUUUACCAGAGGAGAUGCUUCGUCAGCUUGUAGAGAACCUCACAGCUUUGACAUGCAAGUUUGCUCAGGGUGCUGCACAGGAAGAGAUGGUGGAUCAUGAAGACCAACUCUACAUGGAAGCCUUUGAACAAAUGCUUCAGUCUUGGGCUUGUAUCUUGCAAGAAGGUAGCAGUUGCAACAGUUCUCAGGUCAAACAGAGUGCCACUCUCAUCUUUGAUACGUACCUCAAGUGUCAUCUAGCACCUCCCGAAGGCUCACGAGUACCAAUUGACGCAGAUGAGAUCUCGGAGACAGUUCAGGCUGAUAGAAUAGCCUUCAAGGAACAAUUGGUGUUAAUUGGCCUUUGUGGGAGACAGGCACCAGAACAUAGUGUACCUUUGUUGACACAACUCAUGGAAGAUCGCAUUAGUCGGAUGAGAACGCAACUCACUCACAUUCUUAGCAACAACCUCACCAUUGCUGAAAAUUCUCAGUUGGAUCAACUUUAUGAAGACAUCCACUGGCUUCUUCUCAUAUCAGGUCAUGUUACAACGAUGGAUAAUGAGGGAGAAACAGCACUUAUCCCAGCAGAAAUGGUUACUUACAGUAUCAAUGCUGCUGCAACUGUCAACUUAGAGGCUACUCUCCGACUUUUAGCAGCUCCUGCCCAGAUGCCUACAGAUGUGCCAAACAGCGCUGCAGCAGAUCCUCUUAUAAGGAUGAUGAGCACUGUGAUGCGACUGUGUGAGACAGAGUCCCAAGCUCUGAAAGCCAAUUUGAGCCAUCUUCUAAGUCCAGAAGUUUCUUCAUCUCUAAUGUGGUUCCUUAGACGGUUCUGCCUCUCAUAUCUUCUUCCAAAUGAAUCAUUCUACACAGAGCUAAGCGUAGCCUUAACAUCAGCAUUUGGACGUGAUUCUGAGGGAGCAACUUGGACAUUGAACUACUUAUUGUCAGUUGUGGAACAAACCAUGAGACUUCGCAGUGCUGAACCAGGUCUAGUCGAGGAUACAGUCAAUCUGCUGGUUACAAUGGUUGACAGUAAAGAGAGAGGUCAGCAUCUGGUAAAGACUGAGGGUCUCAUGGAGUUAGUAAAGCUUCAGCAGAGUGGAACUCUCAGUGCACUUUCUUCAGUUGCUCAAAGAGGACUUAUGCAGGGUUUAGUUAUGUGCGCAGCUGCCCUGGGGGACACAGAUGCCCGUACUCAAUUCUGGACACACGUGCUAGACCCUCCUGUGACAUCAUUCAAGCAGUUGAUGUCCUCUGAAACUUUUACAAAACAGUAUCAACAAGAGGAGAUGAAGAAGCAAAUUCUCUACCAUAUUGAUAACUUUAUAGGUGCAGUUCAAGGAUGCUUAAUGCCGACGGCUCAGUGUCUCUUCACACGCUUAGUGGGCAUUCUUGGGGAGAGUGUUCGGCUUCUUGAUCUCUAUCACAACUACCCAACUGUGGUGGAGACAGUUCUAGAGCUUUUUGUAGAAUGUGGUCGGCGAAUGCUGUGUUACCUCACACCGAGUGCAAGCAAGCAGCUGUAUGAAGCAUCAGUACAUCUGGUAGGUACGUACGCUAAGCACAACAUAGGACGGAGAACAGUCGAGUCACGGGGAGAAGAAGAUCAGUGGAGAGAUCUACAACUUCUCAUGGAACUUUUGACAUCACUACUCUCAAAGGAUUUCAUUGACCUUGCGCCAUCUGGUCACGGGGAAGAUCAAGAAGUCGUAGCUGCUGCAGAUGUGUGCUUAUUUGGCUUGAACAUUAUUAUGCCUCUUAUGUCCCGUGAACUACUGCGAUUACCAACUCUUUGCUCGCAUUACUUUAAGAUGGUCACAUUUAUUGCUGAAAUAUAUCCUAGUAAAGUGUGUCAACUACCAGAAGAUCUCAUGAAGAAUUUGCUGGCAUCCAUAGAAUUAGGUCUGACAAGCUUUGGAGCAGAUGUAGGAACACUUUCUUUUGAUUUUUUGGUUGUGCUGGGAUCCUACAUCCACAAGAACUGUGGUCCUGAAUUGACAGUAAGACUAGGUCUUAGACCGUUUCUAAAGCUUGUUCUUGACCUGAUAUUGUCACAGCAAAUAAAUUCAGACCUUCUCCAAGCAGCGUCUGCCGCACUCUACACCCUCAUAUGUUGUUUCCAGGGUGAGUAUGAGCAGCUGGUGCAAUCUUUACUUCACAGUCAGACUGACCAAACAACAGGGCAGCGGUUGGCAGAAUCCUUUACACAACUCACCACUAAUGUUGAGCUUACUGCUGACCGCAUGAACCGUGUCAAGUUCAGGGAUAACUUUGAAAGAUUCAUUGCUAAUGUUAGAGGCUUUCUUCUUGUUAAGUAGAAUACACAAUAAAUUUAAUAUAAGAGAUCUGUAAAUAUUCUUAGUAAAUUAUGAAAGCCCAUGACCUAGGUAAGGCUACAGAAUAUUAAAUUUUAUUUUAUUUACAAAUUAAACGAAUCUCUUUCUUUUGAAAUUCAGAAUUUUCAGGAGCUGUGAUGUACCACAAGUAAACAGUGUAAUGAUGAGCUUCACAAAUGUUGUGUAUAUAGAAUAACAAGUAUUGUGGUACUAUUAUUGUUAAGGUUUCCGAUAGCCUUGUGAGGCUCACAUAUAUAAAGAAAAGUCCAAGAUUGUUUACCCUUGCUGGUGUAUGGAGGGUUUUUCUAGUGUCUUCUUAUCCUUAACAAGAUUAUAUUGAGAUCAAUGUUAGAGGAUACUUUUUUAAGCCCAUUGGAAAAUUCUAUCUGUCUUUCUCGCUCUCUGUCUGUCUCUCUCCCCGCCCCUUUAUUCCCUCCCUUUCCCUUCCCCCCUUCUUCCAUCCCUACCCAAGAGUUGUCAGGUGGACUCUAUUAGAAGACAUUAAAGGGUUUUAUUUCUCCAUGAUAAAGUUCUGACUAAGUUGUAUGUACUGUAUGUUUCCUUGAAUUUAGUAAACAUGUGACUAAAAAGUGCAUAUAUUCACACAACUAAAUAAGUGAGGCGGCACUUCUUUAUUUUAUCUAAAAAAAAAAAAGAAAAAAGAAAAAAAUUGCCAAGGACUGACUUAUUAUUUGAAAGGGACAGUUUUAGUUUGUUCUCUCUUGUUAGGAUUUGUAUCACUGCUGUAAUGUAAUUAAAAUAUGAACAGUGUUACCUAGAUUUUUAUAAUUCUGUAUUUUAUGAAUUUCUAUUUGUUCUUAAAUGCUUAAAAGUGUAAUGUAUAGUACAGUAGUUUCGAAUAAGGAAUGAAUUUUAUUUACAUUAUUUUUUAUGUUAAACAUAGCACACUUUAUUUUUUAUCUCAUAAACAUCAGUGACUUAUUUGAGGAAAUGAGUCGAGUACAUGAUAAAGGCCAAUUAAGAAAUGUUCUCAACAGUGGAGACUUUCAAACUUUGAGCACGUGAGCCUAGUCAUAUGCAUCCUGAUUGCCAAGUAGGAAUUAUAAUGAAUGGACAUUUGCUAACUCAAAAGCAAAUAGUUCAGCAAGUACUAAACCUAUCUGUAGUGACAUUUAACUCCUGGAAGGCGCUUGCAAUUAUAGCCUGCAACACAUCCAGGUGCAAGAAAUACAAAAAAAUAUAUAAAUAAAAAUUUUGUCGUAUAAAAGUGUUCAUUUGUGUUCCCUGAUCAUGGGAAAAAUAAUACAAAAAUCGUAGGUGACAUAUUUUGUCUGUAAUAGAGCAGGAAAGUCUGGCAAAAUUGAGGCAUUGACAGACUAGGCGUCCUGUGGUGGUCUGCUCCACCCGCACUGACAAGCGGGAGCUGCCAUAAAGAUAUUACCUAAUUAUUACAAUGUGUCUGAUUGAUUUUUCUCUCUUUAUUUGCAGUAAUAUUAAAUAGUGUGUAGUGUGAUAUAUUUAAUAUAAAAAAAUGUGUGAACCAACUGUACAACUAAACUGGUAGGGUGAGUCAAGACAAUAAUUGAGGUCACCCCACAGUCGGCUGACACUCCUUCCCUCACUCGCACACAUUCCUCCUCUCACUAUACUGUUUGUGCUGUUUUUACACUAUACACACACUUUAUAUAUAAGUAUCAACAUGUUUUAUUCACCAUAACUGUACAACUAAGGUGAUAUGGUGUCCAAACAACAUAGUGGCCACAAAAAACUGCUUGACGAGAGAGACAGCAGCUACCAGAUGACCCCAUCGCCCUCACCAAAAUGGCUCCUCCCAACAUACAGUACACCUUUUGCUGUUAUUACACACAUUAUAUAUAAGUAUCUACAUUUAAGUUCACCAUAGUGAACCACUUAAGUUGGUAUGGGGAGUUCAAACAGCAAAAGUGGGUUGCCACACCGAGCAAGCCAGCCCUCAACACCUUCCACCCCAACAUUCCUCCUCCUACAAUACUGUUUGUGGUUUUAUUACACUAUAUACACAUGUUACAUAUAAGUAUCUACAUGUUUUGUUCCCCAUAAUUGUACAACUAAGCUGGUAUGAUGUCCAAACAACAUAGUGGUCAUGCAGUCAUGUCAUCCUGUGCAAUAUUCUAUGGCAUGUUGCACAGCAGCCAGCAGACAACAGCCUCACUCACUCCUUCCCUCACCAAAAUGGCUCCUUCCAACAUACUCCUUUUGUUGAUAUACACACAUGUUAUAUGUAAGUAUCUACAUUUGUGUUCACCAUAACAAACCACUAAGCUGGUAUUGUGAGCCAAGACAAUAACAGGUUGCCACACACAGUCAGCAGACGACACCACCUCCCUCCUUCCUCACCAAAAAUUACUCCACCCAUCAUACUAUGCACAUUGCUAAUUCUCACCACAGUGCUGCUAUUAUCAGAAUCCUGGUCACUAAAUCCUGUAAAUUAAUAAUUUUCCACAAGUUUAUUUUAUAAAGGAACAUAAGAAGUAGAUUGAAGGUUCUUAGAUGGACGAAACAAUGGCAGUGUGCUGUGGCUAGCGCUGUGAACAUCAUGUGAACAUUGUGUUCACUGAUAUCUGAACAUUGUACACAGUCUUUAUCAUGGUCAGGCUCUUCUGUAAUACUAUCAUGGCUAAAUAAUACUAGUUACAUAUAUUUUGACAUUUUUAGGUGAUGCUGUGGUUCUGAGAUCACCCACGAUUUUGUUUAAAAAUGGCGUUUGUUUACAAGAGCCCUAAAGAAGCUGAUGUGAACCCUGUGUAACCAUGGGACUUUUAAAUAUUACUUGGUACUCCCAGCCAUACAUAGCUCUGGUGCACCGUUCCACGAUAGUUACUCAGCCCAGCUAUAUAUGCAUUGAGCCCUUUAAGGGUUAAAUAAGAAUAACAGCAACAUAAAGUAAAUAUCAGUUUUUCCAUUAGGUGAAAUCAGGGAUAAUUGUAAUAAAAGAAAAAUUAGAUGAAAAUGAUAAUGUUGAAAGGUAGUACAUUGUGUAUAAACAGCUAGGAUGCAGGGCAAAAAGAGCUUUGUAUCACAUCCCCUUAGUUACUGAUCUGUAAGCACAGCCCCACACACUUGCUCACUCAUCUACUCAUACACAGAUGCACACACUUGUCUACUUGUACACAACCACACACCAUAUCUAACAAUUGUUACACAUUUUAGAAAAAAUAAUUGAAGAUUAAGAACGUAACUAAAUGCAUUAAAAGCUGAAAAUUAAACAUUUAUAACGUGUGGUCAAAUUGUUAUAUAUGUAAAUCUUCAUGUCUAACCCAUGUAAUAGUAAAUAUUCACUUUGCCUCUUUUGUGUUCAUUCUUUUUGGAUAAUUUGUUGGUGUACCAUUGAGGUUUGGUCCACAUUCUUACUCCCACUUUUAUACCGAAUAUAAACAACAACUAAGAAUUCUGUAGAAGACCUAUUAGGCCUAUUCUAGGCAGCUCCUGUUUGUUUAUAUCUAAGCAGUCCACUUAUUUAUCAACUGACUUUUUCAACUUCCCAGUAAAUUUGCUUCUCAGAUUUUAUUUGGUAAAUUAUUUUAUAGGCCUGCAACCCUACUUCUGAAUCAGUUAUGCUUCUUGAAUCCAUUAUUUCAUAUUCUGGCUUAAUAUUUUGAGUGCCUUAUUUAUAUUCCACUUGUAAAACUAUUUAAAUUAUUUGUACACUUGAGUCAUGCCCCUGCUUACUCUGUGCCUUUAUCAGGUAUAGAUGGGGGUGUUCUUAAUCUCUCUCCGUUGGUGAGGUUCUUAAUUCCCUUCUCGCUUGUGUUUGGAGGAAAUGAAGGAGGUUGCGUUCUUAUCUUGUUUUCGGCUAUCUCGGACAUUCUUUGCACUCUGGUUGGAGUCCAUUACAUGGUGUCCUAUGGCCAUGGCCUAGCAUUUUUAUACAUGCCUGACUGUUGGUGUCAGGGCUAUUUUUUCAUGUCUUUUGUUCUAAGGGCUGCCUUUCCCAGGUCUUCCAUGUGGUUGCUUGAUUCAGCUAGCUGGUUGGUUGUCCCCAAUAUGUGGCUUUUCAGAUGUUUGAUGUUUUAAUGAUUUUCAUUACUAUUUUGUCUAUAGCUCAGGGCUUCUAGCUGUCCUUCUGUUGAUGAUCUCUCAUUCCUUGUUGGACGUCCAUCAGUCUCGGCUUUUGUGUUCACUUGAGCUUUUGGUGUGUGCAGCUUUUUAUAUUAACAUAUGCUGUACUCUCCUAGCUAUCUAUCUAUCUGCAGAAUACCCUCUUGCUGUUCUUCCCCUAAAGGUCAGCCUGUCCACCUUUUCUUUUUUUCAGGAGAGCUAGCCUCCUCUAUAUCGAGGCACCAUUAUGAGUAAGCUUAGGGAAUGACUGAGCAGGUUCUAGAAAUUCAGCAUUGAAUUGAAUUUCUGCUGGCAAAAGUCAGCAUUGUAGUUGAAGUGUUAUUCAGUAUUGGUAAUAGUUGCCCCCUUACCAGGAAUGCUAGGGACUGACCUCUAUGUUUUAGCACUAUACUAAAGAAUAUAUAUUAGUAAUUAUUUGUAUUUUUCCUAAUUAUAUGACAUUUCUUUAUGUUCUUUUAUAGAGAGACAGACAAAUUGGUCUAGUGAAAACCAUGAAUACAUAUGUGAAACCUGUUACAUGGCUAACUUGUUUUCAUGUUGGUAGAAUAUUUACAUUAAUUCUAUGCCUUUGGUCUCUGAAGGAUGCCUUUAACAGUGUGAUACCAUGUUACAAAAUCUCUUCCUACCAAUAGGCCAAAAUAGUCGAGUUUUAGUUGAUGGCAACUCUAGUUUAUUCCGAUCAGCACAUCACCUUAAUGUUAAUAACCAUAUGUUGAAAUAAAUAAAUAAAUUUAAUCUGUAUUCAUUAAGAAUAUGGCUGUGACCCCUAUUUCUUUAAUAAUAUAUUUUAAUUAGCUGUAUUAACCUUGGUAAAAACUCCCAAGUGUGUUGAUUGUAGCCUUCAUCUGUGUUUCGUCGACAAUUAAUGCAUUUUAGUGCUAUACUGUUCCAGGUAUACUGGCUGAUCAACAGUUGAUAAUUACUGUCAUUACAUUUUCUACUCUAGCAUAAGGAAAGUCGGCAGUUUUUAUUUUAUAUUACAUUUAAGACAGGUUGCAGGCACGCACAUGCAUUCACUCUGACUAUACUGAUAAUUGGACCUGCCUUUUAAUUUUAGUUUUAAUUAGGAAGAACAAGUAUGUAUAUUGAAUUUAUCAUACAUUGUUGAACGAGUUUAGGGGUACCCAGGUCACUUAAUAGUAAGGUAUAAAAUAAUGUUUGAAUACACCCUUUAUAUCGAGAGAUAGAGUCCAGCUGAUUCCUAAUUUCCUUCCCCACUUGACAUUCUCAGAAGUAUGCUUUGUUGACCCAUCCAAGGACUGUAGUGAAAACCCUUUCUUGAGAGUCUACUAUUUUCAUAUUUCCUAAUGAAAGCAUAAUGACCCAUGCAUAAUUCUUUAAGGUGUCUUAUUGUUUAGCUGAUGUGUGUCAUCAUUAAGCACGAGGUGUUUAGUAAGUCAUACAUGUAUUGCUCAUGUCAGUCAGUGCAGCUGUUAAAGGAUCUGUUUCAGCAGUGCUACUGUUUAUUAUCUCCGCAUGGCAUUGCUGCUCCAAAAAUGUAUGUGUGUUAAAAAUGUCUGCUUAGAUAUUUUUUUAAUUCAAAUUAAACUUGAAUGCUAAUAUUUCUCAAUGGAGAGUGAUGGGCAACAUGGUGCUCGUCUCCAAAGCCAUGAGAAAAAUAUAUAUUAGAUGUCCACAAACUUAACGUUGAAGAAUACCCACUGUACAACUGUGGCAACAUGUUAUUGCAGCUACUAAUAGGCAUGGUAGCUACUUUAUAUGAGAAGUCAUGCUUUCAGGAACUGGCAUGUGAAAUUAUGCUUAAUAUAUUUGUUUAUUUUUCUGUUGUUUUGUCAUUUAAAAUUAAUACAUGCAUUAAUACUUCUUUCUUUGUAAGAUUUACUUGGAUUUGACACACAUACAUAAGUGUAUAUUAAAAUGUUCAUCAAACAUGAGAAAAUGCUAAUAUGUUGACUUUGUUCCUAAACUGAUGCAUAACCAGGACUUUACAAAUGGCUGUGUUUAUAUUCAAAAUUCUUGCACUUUGUUCAUUAUUUAAAACAAAUUGAGUUAUUCCUAUCAUUUCUUGCAUUCAUAAUAGCCAUUGUAAGUGACUUUUCGUGAUGUCCUUGUACAUAGAUUUUUAUUAGAAAUAUUGUAUUUUGGUAAAUUGCCACAAGUGUUCCUACCUAUUAUUUUGUUUUACAAAUUGUAGCUUAAUUUUAUUUAUAUUACCAUCUUGCAUCAUUGCUCUUAACAUUCACAUAUAAUCACAGAGUCAUCACUUGUAGAUUGUUCAUGUGAUAUUGUUUUUCACCUCAUUUUUCUUCAAAGAGUAUUAAAACCUACGAAGCUAUAUUGUUCGUAUUUACUUUGUACCAUUUAGCUUGCCAUGAACUAAACUAUAUUACAAGUAAUGUCAUAAUUAAGAAGUUUUAUAUUGCUGCUUGUUUCAAGCAGAACUGCUGUACUGUAUUUGUAUGGAGGUUGUGUGGUAACCAUGUACAGUACUUUAUUUGGAGUUGUGUAGAUCUUGGAGUUUUAGGGCUCUACUUGGAAGGGGUUAACUUAGAAAUUGGAUGGAGUAUCUUCCUGUACUAAAUAUGAUGGCCGAAGCACACAUCAGAAAAUGAAGAAACGAUGUUAUUUUGGUUCGUCCUGGACCAUUAUCAAGUCAGACCGAAACAGCGUCGUUUCUUCAUUUUCUGAUGGAUGGUUUGGGCAAUAUAUCUUCAGCCACAUUAUUGUGACUUAUCGCCUGUUUAGCAUCAGAAGAUUCCUUUUGAUUAUACGGGAUUAACUAGUUUAUGUUCUUGAACUGAUUAGUCAUAAAAUAUCCAGAGAAUCUCUUGGGCUUAAAAUAUAGUAGGAAGAGAAUACUGUGUUUUUUAAUUGACAUAAUUGUACAAAAAUACAGUGUUAACAUUUUUAUUGAUGCUUUGCCUACUCCAUGUUGCUGAGCCAAAGAUAUAAUGCAGUCUUAAUUUCUGAAGAAACUUGUUGCAAUUGUUUGCCUUAAGAAAAAAAGAAUACAAAAUACUUGUAAAUUACAUUAUGUAUCAAAUAAUUUUACUAAUGUACUCUGUAAAUUGUGAGUAAGUUUGUUUUGUACUAAAACACAACUAUUAAUAAGAAAGUUAACAUGGCAGCAAGGUUCUCAAGAUCUUCAGGAUUGCGCUCUUGUCGUCACAAUUAGUCCCACGCUGUUAGUGUCGUACAAGUGAUUUUGAUGCAUUUACCUAUUAAGAUAACAUAGGAAAAAAUGUCAUGCAACAGUUUUUUCUUCUUAGUAAUAUGCUAUGCUUUCUUAGUGUCAAGAUUUAUAUUUACUUUCUUUCAACACUGGUCUUUGCUAUUUUUAUAUAUUUUUACUUUUUUGUGUAUAGAAAGCACAGUAGUGUUUGUUUUUCCAUGAUCACUGUGAGAGAAGAUUUAAUGUUUGUACGUGUGUGGUGUAGAUCUCUUUAAGACUUAACUGGUAGUGUGAGGUCAUACCAGGUGAGGUGAAGUUGUGCCAGCUGCAAGUACAAUUCUUGGAGUUAGGCCAUCGUAAGUCAAACUAUAUCAUGUACAAUGGAUAUUCAUGCAUGUUAAAAGAUUUUUAUAUUAUUAAGCAAUUACAUUUUUCCAAGGAUAUCGGCUGAAGGAGGAGCUGACAAUCCCUUGUCACUUGUUCCGUGCAAGUCCUUGGAGACAAUGUUUAGUGGUGGCUGUGGCAGGGAUCUGAUUAUCAGAUAUUCCUGCUGUCAUACAUUCUUCUAAACAUGCAUCCCUUAAUGGAAUAUUAUGUACUGUAUACACUAACAUUAAUUUAAAAUAUAUUGACUACCAAGUUAUAAGCUAAAUAUUAAUGGCUUUUAAAUAGUGCGCUUAGUUGUGAAGCAAAUGUUCCAUUUCAAUGUUAUCGCUAACCCAAAAGUCAUUAGUUGCAAAUAGGCAACUCAAGGCUGUGAUUAACUGCUACUAAGUACAGUAAUAUGACUUAACCUGUCAGUGUUAAGACCAAAACAUAUUUGUAUAUUUGCAACAUUUUUUUCUUUGUCAUGCAUUCAGACCAGAUUAGUAUAUGCCACACAAUUGCCAAACACCUAAAUAACUGUCCACCUCCACACCAGUACCUGUUAAGGCACCACAAUAAUGCUUGUAACAUUUACCACUAUAUUCUGCAUGUUGGGGUUGCUUGCUUGGCUAAAAAAAAAUUAUAAUUGAGCUAGAAAAUGUGUUAAAUAAGGACUUUAAAGUUGGUGCAGUAGAGGCAAGAAUGAGAAUGUAGGUGGGAGAUAUACAAGUGAAAGAAAUAGCAUUCUUAAGUGAUGAGUUUGAAAAAGUGGAUAACUAGGGAAAAAAUGUGAUUUUUUUUUAAUUGGUGUCUUUAUGUUUAACCAAGGUUAUUAUCUUUGCCAACUGAUGACAUUUGUUUAAUUUGUUAUGAAAGGUAUUUUGCAAACUUUGAACAAAUUUAAGUUUAUAGUGAAUGUAUAUUAUGCAGUAUAUUUUUUCCAGCCAUUUAGAAACAGUACAGUACAUAACUAUUAUCUGACAUUUGCUGGGUGAUGUACAGUUUACGGAUAACAAAAUACUUCACCAGUUAUAGAGGAAAAGACAAUAGUAUGAAAAUUAAAACAAAACAAUAGCAAAAUGAUUUAGUUACUUGUACUCCCAAAGAUGCUUCAGUCACACAUAAUGUAGAGUAUCAAGUUUUGCCUUACUAAGCUUGUACCUGUGCCAACUUUACUACCAGGAUACAAUUGAAAUAUAAUUUUGCCUUCAAAUAUCAGUCUUCCAAUAUUAAAUUCAACAGAUCAUCACUCUGGGUUACAAUCCUUAAUGUGUCAUAUUAGGUCUACAUUUUAAUAAUAAGCAUCUACCAACUUUGUUUAUUUAGGAAGGGAUUGAAUCGAUUUUCAGAUAGAUAACCCAAAGGCUGGCUCAUAUUCUAGUUUGAGAUACACCUACACCAAAACAGGUUUAUGUCCAUCAAAAUAUGGGGUAGUGUGUGAUUGGGAACUGCUGUAGGAUUUUUUUUUUUUUUUAAUGUGGUUUUCCAAGUGCAGACCGAAUAAUGGGUGUUAGGUUACAAUGUUGUUUACCAGAAUGUUGUUUAAAUCCAAAAUGAUUUAGGAACUUUUUUCCUAUUUUGAUUUAAUUUUUAACAUUAAAUAUGGAAUAUUAAAGUUCCAUAUGUAAGUUGUAUAACUAAUAGCAAGAAAUAAAUUCAUUUGAUCAAAAUUACCUUAUCAAUGAGAUGCAGUUGGUGUGGUGACCGUACUGUCCUCGACACAGCUACUGCACAGCAGUCUGGGUAAAUAUUGCCUUUGCUUGAAAUUUUAUUCCUUUUUCCAGUAUUUCAUUAUUAAAUGCCAUUACAAAUUCCUGUGUAUUCUAUGCAAGAUGUUACUUCACAGCAUAUAAAGUUAGCACAUUAUUAAAGGGCCCUAAAAAAAAUUAAUAUAGAUUUUUAUAGCUUUUUCAUUAAAUAACAGCAAUUCAGUUUGUAAGAAAGGCAGUAAUUUUGAAGUGUUCUAUUAACUUUCUCUAAAAUUUUCUCUACAAUAUGAAGAGUUGUGCCAGCCAGUACAGCUUUUCACGACCUAAAUAAAGGUGUGGUGGUGUUGACAAGUACUAUACUGUACAAACAUUAAAUAGGAAAAUAGUAUUAAUAAAUGGCCUUGCCUGUAUGCAGAUUAGUGUUACAAGCAAUGCAAACUGUCUGGUUGUGACAAUCCAAAAAAAAACCGUCCUCUAUUUCUUCUUUGCUAAUUGUUAAUGUCAUGGCCUCAAUUGUUAGCUUUAGUACAGUAGUUAUUCUUGCAAAAGUUGAAUUGAUAGAGCAAAGGGCAUUAUUUAACCCUUUCAGGUUAUGUAUUGAAGCUUUAUACAUUAGUGGGCUUUCCUCUUUUUGAAUGUUAGCAUAAUAGUGGCUGUAAUUUGGUUUUCAAAUAUCUAAAAACUAGAUCUUUCAGUUUCAUUUAGUCAGUAAAUACCCAAAAUUAUUUUUUUUUUUUAGAGGAGUCACAGUAUAGGUUCAUACAAAUUCCUACUACUGUUUUAUGUAGCAUUAUUUUAAAAAUAUAUGUAUGGUAAAAACAUGUUGAAAAGACACUCAAAGCAUUUGUUAUGCCAGUAUGAGACAGAGUAAAAAAAUGUGAAGGUGUAUAAAAUUUGAGUAGUUACUUAAAGUACAAUUACUUUGUUAUACCUUAAAAACUUUUAUAUGCAUAUUAGUGUUUUGUGUCCUAAGUUGAUGGACAACAGUGAUUGUCACUUCAAACUAAGUACAGUCUUUAAUUAUUAUGAUUGACUACUGUACAUAAAUGUACUAGUGUGGGACAUACAGUACCUCCUAUUCCUGGUGUGUCUACCUUCACCAAGUUGACCCUUGCACUAUGCUUUUGGCUCGGUUAUUAUCUGGCAUUGGAUUGCUACUAAAAAAAAAAUUGACUGUUUUCACAUUUUUUUAGUUAAAUUUCAUCUGUACCAUUAACAAAUUAGUUUUUUCUGCAGUGAAUUAAAAGAAUUUAAAUUUCCAUUUUGUAAUGGAAAAUACAGUCCAGUAACUCAAUGAGGUAAUCAGUGUUCCAAUGAAUAAAUUAUGAAAUACAGAUAACCAACUAAUAUACAGUACAGUACUUUCCAAGGAAUUUUGUCCCUAAAUACACAAAAAAAUUAUUCUUUUGCUUUUGUCCCCAAUGUUUAGUUGUCAUUUUUUCACUGUUUUAUAUCUUUUUAUUGUGGUUCUUUACAGAUCUAAUACAAAAUUAUGCUCUUUUAAUAUUUACUAUUAAUAAUUAUAGCAUUUAUGAUGGCGACAUUCAAGAACAUUAACAAAAAAAGUAUAUACAGUACACAGCAUCUUUUCUAUCUUGCUAGGAUUGCAAAUCGAAUCAAUGUGUAUAAAUAUAUAUACAGGUAAAUCUCUUGGACACUUUGUUAUGAUGUACAAAUCAUCAGACUGCAUUGUACUUUAAUCAUGUAGAAAGAAAUCACAGAAAUGAGUGCAAGGUAUGACUGGUAUUCUUGGCAUAUUUUGAGCUAUAGUAUCAGAUGACAUUUUAAUCUCUCAACCAAAUGUGGCAGCACCUACAGGUUCAAACUCCUCUUCUUAGGGCCAUAUGUCUGAUCAAAGAUUACAGCAUUUGAAACUGACUUGUGAAGCAUUGGGGAUAAAUGAGUGUUGUUCAGUUCUGAGAAUUGCAAUGAAAUGGUUAAAAUAAACUUGUAAAUACAGUACCAGUACGUUUCAGAACAAAACUAGUUAUGUAUAAAUUUGCUUCAGAAUUUUUCUUUCAAGUCUUUCAGACUUAAACCAUUUAUUUGUAUACAUUCUUUUGUGCAAUAAGGAAAUUAACGUUUAAAAAAUACUUGAAGACAGUAAUUGUACUGACUACUGUGUAUGGUUUUUUAUAAAAAUGAAAACCUGAUGUGCAAAGUAGGCCAUGGAGCAAAUUUAAAUAUAUUUAGUGUUAAUCUAUGAUUAUUUUCUUGAGUACUAUUUGCUUUUCAUUCAAAUAAACUUGUUUGGUAAAGUUAAAACCUAAUUACGUACAUAUCUAAAUGUGGGUGGUUACACGACAAAUAUUCAGCCAUAUUAAAGUCACAUAUACUGCACUACAGUAAAUCAUAAUAUUUUGUAAACAGUCCUGUAUACAAUUUCGAGGAUUGGCCAUGUUCAUUGUUCACGAUGGAUAACUGCUUGCACAUAUAGUAUUCCUAUUCAAAUUUCACACCAAUACAUGUGUAGGAAUGUUUCAUCUAGUUAAAUGCAACUAAAUUAUCAUAAAUUAUUUAAAGGUGUAAUUAUUAAGCCCAUUAUAUGUUAGAUUUAAGCACAUCUAGUUUGUAGUCUUAACCAGAUAUGAAUAUUUGAAUAACAGUUUUGUACUCGUCUCGAUUCAUUAAAUAUGAUGGAUGAUGCUUUAAAAUAUUUUAAUCAUUAAUAAAAGAAUUUGAAAUCCAAUUUCAUUGUCAUCCUUAAAAGUAAGUUAGUACACUGCAUUGGAAUUGAUGGUGUCUCGCAUGCCUGUGUGAUACCAAACGUUUUUAUCAGUUAACAAGAGUACUGUACUAUAUUUUGUUUUCACCUGUAUUGUACUAUAUUGUAUUGCAAAUUUGUCUCAACUAUUCAUGUUAAAUAUCCCCAUUACAAUCAAUCAGCUUAAACAAAAGUUGUGCACAUUAUAAAAAUGUAAAUUAUGUAAACCCAUUUGCAUAGGAAAAUAUAAAUAAUACCAAAUGAUAAAUUACAUUACAGUUAAAUGAGAAAAUUCUACCAAAUCCACUAGUACUUUUCGUGAAAGAUUUAAAACUAGCUAAACGUCAAUGUAAUGUGGUACUUUGCACUUACCAACCCAGCACAAGAUAUUUUUUUUUGCUUGCUUGCUUGCUGAUAACAGUACAGCAUCAGCAAAAGUUAGAAAUAUUAGAAUGCAUUUAGAAAUGCAAAUUAAACCAAAGAAUUACAAAAAAAAAUUGUUGCUGGAGGAAAUGUGUGUUUUUCGCAACAGGGAAUGUAAGUACCGAUGCAAGUGAAGGAGGUUAACUUUGAAUUUGCCAAUAACUGUUGGAAGCACUCAGUCUGUCCUCCCAUCCCCAUCUAUUUUUCUUUCCCAUAAAGAGAUACACAGUAUACACCAAGAAGUGUCCUGCAAUUGGCCUUAAACCCAACUCUUAAAUUAAAUCUUUUGGUCACAAAUCUUCCCUAGCCCUACACCACAAAGUUGUGUUUUUCAGAAUAUAUUGUUUUAUAAGAAUCCACUGAUUAUAAAUGAAGGCAUGUUCUAUAUACAAUAGGAAUUUAAGUAUUGAAAGUAAAAAUACAGUUGAUAAAUUUAGAUUACUGUACUUGACAAUACCCGACACGCUAAAGACUGAUGUGCUAAAAGUUAUCAGACAGUUGAAAAUACAAUAUUUCAUCUGAUGAACAGAUGGCAAAAUAUUACAAAUUAUUUGGCAACCCAUUUGCCUUGGUACUAUACCGAAGAUCGACUCACUUUAGUAAUUUUUGGCCAGAUAUGUCCUAAAAUUAUCUGGAAUAACCAAACAAGUAUUUUGUAUAUGUAGUGUGAAACAUGUCAUGGUAGAAAGUUUAACAAUGUGAUUAGUUUUAAAUGUGUUUAUAGCAUUGUUUCAGUAUUGCAGACUAAUAAUUUUAAGCAUAGGAGUAUAGUUAUUAAGUUUUUUUCUACAAGGGGAUAGGUGUCAUAGCUGCUAGUGUAUGGAUUACUUUAAAAGGCAUUCCAGUUUUUAUAUGUAUAUUUGCAUUUUCAUAUAUAUUUGUGUAUAGCUUAAUGUUCAUCAGAAAAAUUGCAAUACUUAGGGAAAAAUGACUAUGCCUCACACUUGAUGGUUGUCUAUGAAAUAAUAAAAUGAGUUCAAUGAAAAAAAAAAAAGAAGAGCCCUAACUGGGACUUAGCACUUGGUGCUGCCACCAGGCUAAGUCCUGCAUUGUGAUAUUGUGUAGCUGUACCAGUGUUAACACACCAGUCUCUCAAACUUGUGUUUCUACUUAUUUUCUAUUAAAUAUCUUUGAAAGAU